GACAGUGGCCUGAGAGCCCCUGAAAGUGCUCGCCGUGAGCGGCUGGUACCUGUCCCCUGGGAACUGCAAGAUGCACAGGACCUUGUGUACCUGUUUGUGAUCACAGCCGAGGACCAGCGAGGUAGCAUUACCACAUCCACACAGGGAUUUUACCAUAACCAGGCAGCAUCUCAGGGCCAGGAGAACCCAGAGCAGCCCCAGUACUGGAACGAGGAGCUGCAGAUGAUGAGGGACCUACCCAACAAGAACCAACCUGAGCAGCUGCUUCAAGAAAAAGCCAUGUUCAAGGUGCCUGAAUCCCCUGGUACACAGCAACUUCAGAAUGGCAGCCACAUGGGGCGCCAUGGUAGUCAGGGAGGCAUCGUCAUGGCCAUCAGUCCCAGUGAGGAGACCAAGCUGCAGAUGUUCAUGUGGAGCCGCAUCAUCUUCAGCCUGGGCUUUGUCAUUAGUGGCCACUACAAGGACUUUGCCAGGGAUGUGGCAGCCUCCAUAGCAUUCACCAAUGACCUGAACGGUGAGCACCCGCACAAGGCAGUGGACAUGGAGGGUCUGUACACGCUGGACACAGCAGAGGUGGAUGACCGCAGCUACUGGGUCAGGUUCCAGUCCUCAUCCCUGGCAUCCUGGAGUGGGACCAGGAGCAGAGUGUCAUCUAUGGCUCCACUGACUUUGUAAGAUGGUGGUGUGGCCCCCAUCGUGUUGCCUGGAUCUGCUGGAGCAUGAGUUAACUGCUCAAGACCCUGUGCCACUGCAUGCUCAACCACUGCAACGAUGAGGCGGAGCUCUUCUCGGUUGAGGGCAAGGGUGUCACUGGCAAUGACAGAUACUACCUGCUGAGCCCCCUCCCCCUGACCUCAGCUUCCUGCCUGUGCCCCACAAGGAGCUGCCAGAGGAGUGCUCCCAUGCCAGCUUCCCCUGCACCCACAGGCACAGGUUCUGUCGCUUGUGCCAGGAGCUGGUGGAUGUCUUUGUGGAGCACAGUUGAGGAGCAGCCCUGUGAGGCUGAGGCUGCAGCCAGCUGCACUCUGCUGCGGGCACGGGCACCCUGGGUUGUUCUGGGGCUGGAUCAUUGAAGAGAGAAGCUCUGGACAGUGAAGAAGAGCUCAUUUUGGCCACACUCACUAGAGCCCCUUUCCCAUCCCCCACCCACCUGCCAUCAGGCUCCCAGAUGCAGAAUCUGGAGCUUUGUGUUGGUUGCAAGCCAGCAAGCAGUCAAACCAGUGACCCAGCUGAGCUGUGCUGUUCUCCUAAGGAGCAUUUGGAAGUCACUGGCUGGGUUGUGAAGGUCACAGUCCCUGAGUGUUGGUGCUGCUGGUUUUUAGUGCUUAGGAGUUGGCCAUGUUAAAUUUCCCACACCACAAGUAACUCUUUUCCAGAAGCCAGUGGCAUUCCUGUCUCUGUUGGAAGUCCUGGUCUGAAUGUGGACCCUCUCUCCCCGACCUCUAUACUCUGGCUGUCUUCUUCCUGUCUGGGGAGAUCUGGCAGCCACCACCUUGUUGCCUGGGUCUGUGAGAGCAAAGCUGAGUUCUGGUCCGGCUUGUAGCAGAAGAAGGAAUUUGACACCAUCUAUAAGGCCCAGGUGGGCUGUGGCAGGGCCGGUGGGUUGAGCUGCGCCUGUAGGCUGUGGGCAGCUAAUCCUUUCCUGCCUGUGCUCUCUCCCCUGUUUUUUGGUGAGAACCAAGAGAAGGAAAGCUCCGAGAUCCUCAAGUGCCCGGCCCAGCAGGCCAUGGCCCAGCAGCACAUUGUGAAUGGGAGAUACUGGUCGGCUGCAGUGCCAGCAUCCUGCCCCUCCAGCUAUAUCCCUGGGUGGAGCUGGGCCCCCACCCGGCCUGGGUAGGAUGAGCCUCACUCACAGCUCAUCCCCCCACGGCCCCUCAGUUCACAGCCCCCAGUAUGGCCAGCGUCUUGGAGCAGCUCCAGGUCAUCGGUGAUGUCCUCUUCAUUCUUCUCAGCUGAGGCCCCUCCAUGGCUCCCUAUUUAGAAGUUGGCCUUUAGUUUUUUAAGAUAUGUAAUAGGCUGACAUGGCUCAAAAUUGAAAAGUGUAGCCAGUGAUGAGAACUUCCUUGUGAAUCCUUCCAGAAAUACUCCAUGUGAUCUUUAUCCCCCUCUUUUUUUUCUUUGGAAUUGUGGCAUGCCACGGAUGAAGGUUAUUAUUGUUUACUUCAUUUAACAAUGUAUCUUGGUGAUCUUCCAUUUCAGUUCCUAAGGAGUGGCUUUAUUCCUUCCUAGGCUGCCUGUGGUUCCAGUGCAAAAUGUGCCUUAGGAGCAGGCCCUGAGGACUCCCGCGGUGCUGUCACAAGCAGUGCUGCCUUUGGGAGCCCCUAACCUCCUGCUUUUUCUCUCCUCAGUGUGGGAAAGGGGUUUGGUCAGCCAGGGGUGUCAGCAGCCCUGUCCCACACCCAUUGUCUACACCUAAUCUGGUGGCAGGGAGGCCACAGAGUGCAGCGAUUGGAACUGGGUGAGAGGGUUAGAGGCAACUGGGCCCUAGGCCAAGUCAAGUGCAUGGAAUCCUGACUGUCAGCAAUUAGGGAUCUUUAUGCUUUUGGGAGGGAAGUACUUGUUCCACGCGUCUCACUGAAUAUGGCACGGAACCUGAUCUGUCCCAAGUGGGAGUUUAACCAAGCUAGCGGGGGCCCAGGGCCCUGGCCCAGUCUGACACCUACCUCCUCUCCCACCUUCUACUCACCCAGAAGACUAGGAGAAUCUGAAAGCAGAGGUGGUGCAGCGUCACUAGCUCCAGGAAUCCAGAAAAACAGGGAUAGGGCAUUCUGGGAGGUUGAAGUGGGUGGAUCACUUGAGCUCAAGAGUUGGAGACCAGUCUAGGAAACACGACGAAACCCCAUCUGCACAAAGCAAAAAUUAGCCUGGUGUGGUGGCGCGACCUGUAGUCCCAGCUACUCAGCAGGCUGAGGUGGAGGAUAGCUUGAGCCUGAGAGGUCCAGGCUGCAGUGAGCCAUGAUUGUGCCACUGCACUCCAGCCUGGGUGAUAGAGUGAGACCCUGUCUCAAAAAAACAAAACCAAAAAAACAGCUAGGGCUGGGGACCCCUAUGGCCACUGAAUCUGAGCCCAUGGGGCCAGAGGAACUGAGCUCCCAGCCCUGUGGCUGCCAAGGAUCCUUUUUCCUUGAGCUUGCAGGGAUUGAGAGAGAGAGACAGUCAGUGGCCCUGAUGUUAGCGAUGCAGACUCCAGGAGAAGGGGGCCCCUCUUCCACGUUCCACUCCCACCAUCCUCCUGGGUCCCCAGCCUGCAUGCCCCCCAAAAGAUGCUUUUGCACUGAUUCAUCAAAGCCUAAAGAUGCAAAGGCCUAAUUGAAGACCUGUGAAUGGCAUGUACGGUCCUCAGUUUCCAGCUGAGGGGCCACUCGGGCUCCCCAUAUUCCCCUCAGCCUCUCCAUCUUCCAGCAGGGGUGUGGAGUGCAUCCAUGGCCAUGAGUAUUGAUCUGUCCCAGCCUGUGCAUUGCUCCGAGGCAGUUCUGAGUGGAUGAUGUGCAGAUGGGAUUCCUCAGCUCAUUUGCGUGGUUGACGUUAUGGCUGCUGGUUUUACUGCCACAACUCCCAGGCCCAACCUGGCUUAAUGUCUAAGUUUUAAGCCAAAAAAGAUGGGGAGCAGAGCUUUGUGGCAGGGCUGGGGGUUGGGGUCCACUUUAGUUUUGUGGCAGGAUGAAGGCUGCAGUGGUUUUAUUAAUCAUGAUUGGCCUGGCCGUAGCUCCAGGCUGAGAGGGACAGGUUUGUCAGUGGUGGUCCCCCAGAUGUCCCUGUGCCCAGCCCUGGCCUGUCUGCCCUCAGGCCCAGGAGGAGGCGCUGCCACAGGCUCUGACUGGCGUCCCUACUCCCUGUACCCCAGAUGGACAGAACCUUCGGGUCUACAGUCAGAAUAUAUCAUUCUCCCCAUUUUAACCUGAGCUGCCUGACACACGGAGGGUGUGCUGGGUAAGGGGCCUAGGGAGCCAGGGUUGAAUCAUGGAUCCUGGGGAAAGGUUGCAGACACAGGAAGGGUUGUCACCUCUCUGUGGAGCCCUGCUGCUUGCCACACAGCACCUUCUGCAGAGACUAGCUCUGAGGGUGGCAGGGGACCCCACAGGCCAUGGCCACUCCCUCUCUGCACCUGUCCAUGCCUGCUGUGGAAGCCUGGACUGGGGGAGGAGAUUGCUACCCUGUGAGCCUGAGGGAGCCACGUCCAGCUGUGACCUCUACCUGGGGCUUUACAGAGAGCUGCUUAUGGGUAACAGACACCUUGUUUCAGAGGGAAUGGGCAUGAGCUGGCAAGUGAAGCACCCCCACAGCUUAUCAGGAACUUUUUCUCAUUUUUAAACCAUCAUGUCUUUAUUUCACAUUGGAAUAAAGUGAGGUUUUGAAA